AUGGAUUUGAAAUCACUUUUUGUUGAUCCUUUCCAUCCUCUUUUACCAUUCAAAGAGAGAAGCAACAAUAUUGCUCAUGCCCCAAAACGACCGUGUCCAUUGAACGAGCACGAAAAGAAGCUUGCUAUUCGCAACAUCCUUCGUUAUGUUCCUUCCGAGCAUCACGAGCUAUUAGCUUCUGAAUUUAAAAAAGAACUAGAGGAUUUUGGACAUAUUCAUGCUUACCGCUUCAUGCCUAAUUUCUCUCUCAAGGCUCCAAAAAUUGAUGAUAUCAAAGCUGAGUGUCAACAAGCUGCUGCUAUCAUUCUGAUGAUUUUGAAUAAUCUCGAUCCUGCCGUAGCUCAAUUCCCUCAAGAGCUUGUUACAUACGGUGGCAAUGGACAAGUUUUCAGCAAUUGGAUUCAGUUCCGAUUGACUCUUAGAUAUUUAAUCAAAAUGUCCAAAAAGCAAACACUUGUGAUGUAUUCGGGACAUCCAUUGGGACUCUUUCCUAGCCAUGAGGAUUCUCCACGUAUGACAAUAACAAAUGGAAUGGUUAUUCCAAACUUUUCAACUAAAGAUCUUUAUGAUAAAAUGUUUGCAUUGGGGGUUACUCAAUAUGGUCAAAUGACAGCAGGAAGUUUUUGCUAUAUUGGACCUCAGGGAAUCGUUCAUGGAACUACGAUUACUGUUAUGAACGCCGGGAGACGUUAUUUGGGUCGUGAAUCUAUGGAAGGUGUUGUGUUUGUAACAGCUGGAUUAGGAGGGAUGAGUGGGGCUCAACCAAAAGCUGCUCGAAUCGCGGGGUGUAUUGGAGUUAUAGCUGAGAUAAGCAAAGAGGCUUUGCUCAAAAGACAUAGCCAGGGAUGGCUAGAUGUUCAUUCUGAUAACUUGGAUGAAAUAAUCAAUUGGAUUCGUGAGUAUAAGCAAAAGAAAGAAGCUAUUAGUAUUGGAUAUCUCGGAAAUGUUGUUGAUUUAUGGGAACGUCUUGCUGAAGAGAAGGACAAUCUGGCUGAUUUGGGUUCUGAUCAAACGUCUCUUCAUAAUCCAUACCUUGGAGGAUAUUACCCAGUUGGAUUAAGCAUGGAAGAGUCAAACAUCUUAAUGACUUCCGAUCCAGCAAGAUUCAAACAUCUAGUUAAGGAAAGCCUCCGUCGUCAUAUCGGUGCAAUUGACAAAUUGAACAAACGUGGAUUAUACUUCUGGGAUUACGGUAAUGCUUUCCUCGUUGAAUGCCAGCGUGCUGGAGUUCAAAUGCUCACAGAAAACGCUGCUGAUGAUAAAUCCUUCAGAUAUCCUUCUUAUAUGCAAGAUAUAAUGGGUGACAUUUUCUCAAUGGGUUUUGGUCCAUUCCGCUGGGUCUGUACUUCCGGAAAGGAGGAGGAUUUGAAGAAAACGGAUCAGAUCGCGUGUGAAGUUAUUGAAAACUUGGCGAAUACUCAAAUUCCUGACGGUGUUCGUCAACAGUACAUCGACAACAGUCGAUGGAUUAAGGGAGCUGAUGAGAAUCAACUGGUUGUUGGAACUCAGGCUCGUAUCUUGUACUCAGAUCGUGCUGGACGAAUUGCUAUAGCUAAAGCAUUUAACGAAGCCAUCAGAAGCGGAAAAAUUACAGCCCCGAUUGUGCUUUCACGCGAUCAUCAUGAUGUUUCUGGAACAGACUCUCCAUUCCGUGAAACAUCAAAUAUAACUGAUGGAAGUGCUUUUUGUGCCGAUAUGGCUAUACAGAAUGUAAUUGGAGAUUCCUUCCGUGGAGCUACUUGGGUUUCUAUCCAUAAUGGUGGCGGAGUAGGAUGGGGUGACGUCAUCAAUGGAGGCUUUGGUAUGCUUUUGGAUGGAACAGAUGGAGCUGAACGUAGAGCUGAAUCAAUGCUUAACUGGGAUGUUUGCAAUGGAGUAGCAAGAAGAAGUUGGUCCGGAAACAACAAUGCCACUGAAGCCAUUACUCGAGCUCAGACUCAGGUGGCAGGAUUGGAUGUGACUCAUCCAGUAUACGCUGAUGAUACUCUCCUCGAUCGAAUCUUCAAUUAA